AUGGCAACCGCAGUCGCAUCAUUACCUUCGGACGAUCAAAUUAAAUCUCUAAUAAAACAAAAUGCCAAACGAACACGUUCUCUUUUCGCAGAUACAGAAUCAAUCCCCGAUCCAAAAUCUACAGAAACCGCAGAUAAAUUAGCAUUAGUAGGAAGGGUCCACGCCGAAUACGACCAUGUUCGAGAAUUACCAGCUGCCUUGGCUGCAAAACAAGCUGCCGCUGCUGGGAACAGGAGGAAGAAGGCUAAGGUACAAGCUACAGAUGGGGAAUCGGCUGCAGACAAUAUCAUGAAGAUGAUCGAAGGAAUUCCAUCACGAAUUGAGAGUUCUGGGGCUGGAAGUAGCACCAGUCUUAUAAUCCGCGGUAAAGAUACACCACCCAAUGCGAAUGGUCCUUCGAUAUCUACUGCGCAGAGUAAUUUGCCAUCCAGCAGCUUAGUACGCAAACAGAAUUUCGUCCAAGCAAAACCCGAAUGGCACGCCCCAUGGAAACUCAUGCGCGUGAUAUCUGGACAUUUGGGCUGGGUUCGUGCUUUAGCUGUUGAGCCCGAGAAUCGUUGGUUUGCCUCUGGAGCUGGAGAUCGUACAAUUAAGAUAUGGGAUUUAGCGACUGGAGGAUUGAAACUUACAUUGACGGGACAUAUAUCGACUGUGAGAGGAUUGGCAGUUAGUCCUCGACAUCCAUAUUUGUUUAGUUGUGGAGAGGAUAAGAUGGUUAAGUGUUGGGAUUUGGAAACCAACAAGGUGAUUCGACAUUAUCAUGGACAUUUGAGUGGUGUUUAUACUUUGGCUCUACAUCCUACUCUGGACGUGCUGGUUACGGGAGGUAGAGAUGGUGUAGCGCGAGUAUGGGAUAUGAGGACCAGGAGUAAUAUCCACGUAUUAUCUGGACAUAAAGGCACAGUAUCAGAUCUGAAGUGCCAAGAAGCCGAUCCACAAGUCAUCACGUCCUCCCUUGAUUCCACAGUCCGCCUAUGGGAUUUAGCAGCUGGAAAAAGUAUGGGAGCCCUCACCCACCACAAAAAAGGUGUUCGCGCACUCGCCAUCCAUCCCAAAGAAUUCACAUUUGCAAGUGGCAGCGCAGGAAGCAUCAAACAAUGGAAAUGUCCCGAGGGAGCCUUUAUGCAAAACUUCGAUGGUCAAAAUGCUAUUAUCAAUACCCUCAGUGUUAACGAAGACAACGUAUUAUUUUCCGGAGGAGACAAUGGAUCGAUGGCGUUCUGGGAUUGGAAAACAGGUCAUAGAUAUCAAGCGCUGGAUUCUAUCGCCCAACCGGGUUCUUUGGAUGCGGAAGCGGGCAUCUUCACGAGUUUAUUCGAUAAGACUGGGUUGAGAUUGAUCACGGGAGAGGCGGACAAAACUAUAAAAGUAUGGAAACAGGACGAACUCGCAACCCCCGAAUCCCACCCCCUCGAAUGGAAACCAGAGCUUGGACGACGAAAAUUCUAA